UGAAGAGAGAGAGAGAGAGGAGAGAGAGAGAGAUGCUUUCUUCUUCUUCUCCAACUCUUCCAUGUCAUCUUCCUCAGACCUUCUGCAAAAAGCAGAGGCUCUUCAAUUCCCUUCCUUUGAAGAAACCAUCGACCUCCUCCUGUUUGAGAAUUGGAGUCCAAGAAAUUGCAGAAAUCGCCCAAAACAAGGUCUUGGUUGCAGCUACUGUUGCUUCUGCAAUUGGGCAACUAUCCAAGCCUUUCACAUCUGCUCUUUAUGGCAAUGGCGUCGAUUUUAAGGCCGCUGUUCGGUCUGGCGGAAUGCCAUCAACCCAUUCUGCUGGGGUUGUGGCAGCUGCAACUUCCCUUGGCCUAGAAAGGGGAUUCUCGGACUCAAUUUUCGGGAUGUCUGUUGUUUUUGCUGCCAUUGUCAUGUAUGAUGCUCAGGGGGUGAGAAGGGAAGUGGGCAUCCAUGCAAAGGUACUCAACACCAUACUACUAAGGAACCAAGAGAACCCGACUCCCUGUAAUAUGGAAGAAGAGGUUCUUGCUCCUCUCCUCCCUCUAUCAGAGAAGACAGGUUCCUAUAAGCCUAAUUCUAUGGCUCCUUCCCCUCCGAUCCAUAGAUUGAAAGAUGCUACAAGUAAACCCAGUAUGGUCUCAUCUAGUCUAGUGGCAGAUGGCAAAGAGGGGUUGAAGAAGGCUAACGACGAUUAUUUUCCAUUGAAAGAGUCUGUGGGGCAUACAGAGGUACAAGUUUUAGUUGGGGCCUUGUUAGGUUUUCUUGUAAGCUUAAUAGUUGAUGUAAUAUUGUAAUUUAUAAUUAUUAUCUAAGUUUCAAUGUAAUCAAUAUUCAUUACGAAAUCAAGAUCAAUUUAAAAAAAAAAAAAAGAGAGAGAGAAAAU